AUGAGCGACUCAGAUUCCGACCUCGCCAUCCCAGCCUGGCAGAAGGCGCAAUCCGAUGAGAUCGAUAGCCAAAACACCGAAUCGGCCCCGACGCCAUCCAUGAGCAGCUCAACAUCAGAAGUCGAUGCGCCAGCGGCAGAAGUAACAGCAGAAGAGACUCCCCAGCCGGAAAUUGACACAGACGGUCAAGAAAGACUCGAGGUUGCAAGACGCUUUCUCGAGAAUGACGAUGUGCGACACGCGCCUCAUGAGAAGAAGAUCGAGUUCUUGAAGUCCAAAGGCAUUGACGAAGCCGAGAUACACGCGCUUCUUGGUCAAGACGAAUCCACAACAGAGACAGAGGCGCCAAUCCCAGAAACACCUAAUUCUUAUGCUCCAACACCAACCGAAACUCUGCCUCCAACACCAGCUUCCCAUCCGCCCGUCGACCGACCCCCAGUCGUCAUAUACCCUGAAUUCCUUGCGAAGGCACCCCGCCCUCCUCCUCUAGUUACAAAGGAGCGUCUCUUCAACGCCCUUUACGCAGUCACUGGCCUUUCCACCCUCAUCUAUGGGACAAGUCGCUACGUUAUUCGGCCUAUGGUUGACAGUCAGGCCGAAGCCCGUACAGAUUUCCACGAUCUGACCUCGCGAAAACUCGAUACCCUCGUCGCAAAGCUUGAAAAGACCGUCUCCGAGGUUCCCCCCAAGAAACCCAUCGCCGCAGUUGAGGAGGAGAGCGAUGCUGAAGACCCUACAGAGAUGUUCCACAGGGACAUGGGCACUCAAACCACAUUCCCCAUAAGUUCUGUGACAGCUAUGACAGACUCUAAGAAUAACGAGUCGGCUGCCAAACAUAACACCAAUCAACUCGGUAGCUUAAACAAGACUCUUUCUGGCCUGAAGGAUGAAUACCGUUCCCAGAGCGAAGGCAUGGAUAAGAUCAAAACUGCUGUGGAUAUGCUACGAGAUGACCUUGACACAAUGACAUACACUGCGUACCCCGAUCACAGUACUGGCUAUGACCUGUACGGCCGCUCACGCAAACCUGAACCAGAUGACGAAAUCCGCAAGGUGCGGGAUAACAUCCGGCGUGUGAAGGGAGUCUUGCUGAGCACGAGAAACUUCCCUGCCUCGGCAAGAUGA